AUGUUGUUCUCCAACUUUGAUCGAAGCUAUACUGCAAGCCGCGCUCCAUAUGUACUCGCUUUGAACGCAGAUCUUCUUCAACUUAACGGAAGAAACACUGGAAUGCAAGCGCUGCAACGAUUUCUGGAGGAAGUCCUCUACAGAAAGGAUGUUUACGUUGUAACACUGAAACAGCUUGUGCAAUGGAUGAAAAACCCUGUUCCACUCAGUCAAAUAACUCAGUCCGAAGCAGUAAAAUGUGCACAAGGUCCGUUACAUCAACACCCGGCGAUGUCACAACGAUCAUGCACGAAACCGAACAAAUGUAUGUAUCGUACACCAGGUCUAAGCAGCCAGGAACAUCAAUUCCUUACCUGUUCACCUUGCCCCGACCAGUAUCCAUGGCUUGACAAUCCAAUCGGGAAUAUGACUCCUUAA